AUGGACAUGAGCGGCAUGGACGGCAUGUCCAGCGACAACAGCAGCAGCAUGUCCAUGACCAUGGAAAUGGUUUUCGCCAACGCACGCAACACGCCUCUGUUUUCGAAAUCGUGGGCACCAUCAAGUACAGGCGGCUACGCCGGAACAUGCAUCUUCCUCAUCGUCUUAGCCGUUAUCAGCAGACUCAUGGUCGCCUACCGAGCUCGCCUAGAGCAGUCAUGGCACGACAAGGCUAUGAAUCGGAGGUAUAUCAUGGUUGCUGGGCAGCAGGCGGAGCCGGAUCGUGAGAGGCAGGCUAUUGGGAAGGGCGGGGAGAAGGUUGAGGAGGCUGUGUUGACCGCGAACGGGCUAGACGAGAGGGUCAAGGUUAUCAAGUCUGCGAGACGAGGGCUUGAGGGCAAGCCAUGGCGCUUCACCACUGAUCUGCCUCGUGCCUCUUUGUACACGGUCGAUGCUGGUGUCAAGUACUUGCUCAUGCUUGCGGUCAUGACGAUGAACGUUGGCUAUUUCCUGUCUGUCCUCGGCGGCUUGUUCCUAGGCGAAUUGGCUGUCGGACGGUACAUUGCCACCGAGGAUGGCCACCACUGA